AUGAAGGUCACCAUUAAAGAGUGGAACGCCGUUGCUACUUGGCGCUGGGAUAUGCCCGACGAUGAAGUGUGUGGUAUUUGUCGGGUUCAGUUCGAUGGCACAUGUCCGACCUGUAAAUUCCCAGGUGAUGAUUGCUCGCUAUUGCUGGGAAAGUGUGGUCACUCCUUUCAUAUGCACUGCCUCAUGACCUGGAUUCAGCAAGAGUCCUCCAAGGGACUCUGUCCGAUGUGCAGACAGAAAUUCGAAUGGAAGCAAAACGACGAGGAAGAUGAAUAG